CCCGAGCGCGCCGUGGCCCGGGGGCUCCGGCCGCUGGUUCUUUCCGGGCCGGCUGCCCGCGGCUGCGGCCGUGCCCGUUCGUAACGCCUCGCCGUGCUCCUGCCCGCCGAGAGCCGCGGCUCCCUUGCGACUCUAGAGUACGGCGCGAAGGGAGGAGGCGUGGGUGGUGAGAGGUGUUCCGCGGCUGGCCUGCGAGUGGCUCGUCACGAGAGAUACCUAUUAUGGCUUCAUCAUCAACACCUAAAUAUAAUUCAAACUCUUUGGAGAGCUCCUCAAUUAAAAGGACUCUAAAAGAUGGCACUAACUGGGAACAAAAUGAGGAAAUACCUCGUCUGCCAGGAGAAACUAGAGUUACAGACAAGGAUGUUAUUUAUAUUUGUCCAUUCAAUGGCCCUGUUAAAGGACGAGUGUACAUCACAAACUACAGACUAUACCUAAGAAGUGUGGAAACUGACCCAACUGUGGUACUGAAUGUUCCUUUGGGUGUAAUUUCAAGGAUUGAAAAAAUGGGAGGAGCUUCAAGCAGAGGAGAGAAUUCUUAUGGAUUAGAUAUAACAUGUAAAGAUAUGAGAAAUCUACGGUUUGCAUUAAAACAAGAAGGGCACAGUAGAAGAGAUAUAUUUGAAGUCCUCACAAAACAUGCUUUUCCUCAAUCGCAUAACUUGCCUUUUUUUGCUUUUGCAAAUGAAGAAAAGUUUUCCGAAAAUGGAUGGAUGGUGUAUAAUCCAAUGUGCGAAUACAGGAGACAAGGACUGCCCAAUGAACGGUGGCGUGUGACUUUCAUUAAUGAACAUUAUGGACUGUGUGACACCUAUCCAUCACUCUUAGUAGUGCCAUAUAAUGCAACAGAUGAUGAUCUCAAGAAAGUUGCUGCCUUUCGGUCUCGAAGUAGAAUCCCGGUUCUGUCAUGGAUUCAUCCAGAGAAUCAAGCUGUUAUUAUGCGCUGCAGUCAGCCCCUUGUUGGAAUGAGUGGCAAACGGAAUAAAGAUGAUGAAAGAUACCUUGAUAUCAUCAGGGAAGCUAAUGGACAAAUAUCAAAACUGACCAUCUAUGAUGCUAGGCCCAAUGUCAAUGCAGUUGCCAACAAGGCAACUGGGGGAGGAUAUGAAAGUGAAGAUGCAUAUCCCAAUGCGGAACUCUUCUUUUUGGACAUUCAUAAUAUUCAUGUCAUGCGGGAAUCUUUAAAGAAGUUGAAAGACAUUGUUUAUCCUAAUGUGGAAGAAUCACACUGGUUGUCUAGUCUGGAAUCAACCCAUUGGUUAGAACAUAUAAAGCUUGUCUUGACAGGAGCUAUUCAAGUGGCAGACAAGGUAUCCUCAGGAAGGAGCUCUGUGUUGGUUCACUGCAGUGAUGGCUGGGACCGGACAGCACAGCUAACGUCGCUGGCCAUGCUGAUGCUAGAUAGCUACUACAGAACAAUAGAAGGUUUUGAAGUUCUGGUGCAAAAGGAGUGGAUAAGUUUUGGACACAAAUUUGCAUCGAGAAUAGGCCAUGGUGAUAAAAAUCAUGCCGAUGCAGACAGAUCUCCCAUCUUUCUCCAGUAUAUUGAUUGUGUGUGGCAGAUGUCUAAACAGUUUCCUACAGCAUUUGAAUUCAAUGAGCAAUUCUUGAUUACAAUCCUGGAUCACUUGUACAGCUGCCGGUUUGGUACUUUCUUGUACAACAGUGAAUCUGUUAGAGAAAAAGAGAAAGUGACUGAGAAAACAUUGUCAUUGUGGUCUUUGAUAAACAGUGAAAAAUCUAAAUUCACCAACCCUUUUUAUACUAAAGAGCUAAAUCGAGCACUCUAUCCAGUAGCCAGUAUGCGUCAUCUAGAACUUUGGGUCAAUUAUUACAUCAGAUGGAACCCAAGAAUUCGACAACAACAGCCAAAUCCAGUGGAGCAGCGUUACAUGGAGCUUCUUGCAUUACGUGAUGAUUAUAUGAGGAGACUUGAAGAACUACAGAUCACAAAUAAUUCUAAGAUACCCAAUUCAUCAGCCUCGUCAGCAUCUCCCUCGCAAAUGAUGUCCCAAGUACAAACACAUUUUUGAAGAAAAUAUUGGCUUCUGUCUACACUGUAAUAGCAAGAGGAGGUUAGCAUAGAUGUGUAGUGUAAAGACAAAUGUUUUAAUGCCUUACAUUGGAUUGUGACAUUGGACUGUGUCCUAACACAAAAUAUUUCAGACUGCCUUCAUUUAAGGAGGUUUUCAAAACAUGCAAAACCAACUCUUUAAUUACGUGCCUUUCAGAACCUGUGGAUUGGGAACAUUAAUAACCGACCUAUAGUUAUGGAGUGCUUAAGAGUUAUUUUGGAAAGUUCUGUAAGAACUUAUUAUUUCUGUAAGAAUGCUUUAAUUUAUAACACUGAUGGGUCAUAUUCCUGUAAGGAACUUCAUGCUCAGUCUUACAUGUUGUGGAUAAAUGUGCUGAUGUCAACAGGAAUAUUCACAUUGUGUAAAAUUAGGUAUGUGUGUAAUCCUUUUAGGAAUAAGACUGUGGACUUAAGACAAAAAUAAAUUAUAACUUAAGAUUUCAGACAGAAGCGUUGAUGUUCUGGUUGCAUGGGGAUCCCAAGUUUUCUAUUUUAAAUUAAAUUAAAAUAUGGAAGAAAUUUCUCUAAUAUACUUCUAAUUAAACAGUUCAAAUUGCUCAAUAGGUGUCAAUCAAAGAAAAAUCGAAUUUUUAUAUUAACUUUUUUUAAACAAAAAUUGAACUGGAUUCUGAGAAGUCUUUUUUUGGUUAAUGUUGUAUGUUACAGUAUAGUUACAGAGUGGUUUUCUAAAAAAGCAUGUAUAAUUAAAAGCAGACCCACAGGGACAUUGCCUAAAUAUCCAGCAAGAGCAAUUGUCUUAAAGCUUGUCUAUGUCUUCUAAAAUUAAAUGUGCCUAUAUAGAGCAGCUUUUAUACCAAAGUAGGCAAAAAUUCUCAGUUACAAAUACUGUUAAACUUGUAAAUGUAUAGCUUACUGUUUAAUGUAUAUUUAACUUUGGUUAAUGAAUUUAUUCUCAAGUAUUUAAAGGGACUUCAGUAUACAGGUUUGCAUAUAGUAUGUGCACUUACAUUGAAUCUUUAAAUGAAUUGUGGCUUGAAGCCUUAAUUUCAGAGGCUUCUUGUAAACCUUUCUAAUUUGCUCCUUCAGGUAUUUUUUUUAAUAGUUGCAAGCACUUCUUAUGACAGCACAAACCUUGCUACUUGAUAUUUAAUUAAUGUUUUGCAUAUUCUGAGAAGUUUUAAUGCUAUUCAGGCAAUCCAGGAAAUUUUGCAAUUCAAAAUAUAUAGAGGACUCUAAUAUUGUUAUUUUAAAGGAGAUGUUUGAUGCUUGAGGCUUCGAUCAUUGUAAAUUAUUGUACAUGUGUUGAGUUUUGAUCUGCAAAAUAUAAUAGAAUUAUGUAUAAAUUUAAGUUUUGUGCAAGUGUAUAUAUAAUAUAGUUUAUUAGAAAUUCUCCAAGUUUAUAAAGUGUAAAUAUUUUGCAUACGAAACUAAAUUUAAAGCUAUAGUUCCAUAAAGUUAGUCAAAGUUUAGAGGACAUCUGAAUAUUUUUAGAAACAGUAUUUUUUCAAAGAAAUAUACCACCUCUUUAAUUCAGUAUAUACACUGAAUUGCACUAUUUUUUUCAGGGAAGUUCCGAACAUACUGCAUGUGUGUUUUCUAAAUACACAUGACUUAUACACACUUAUUUUUGUCCUCUAAAUUUCAUUCUCCCUUGGAUGUUUUUCAGUGUUUUCCAAAAUAACAGCAUUUAAUUUUAAUCCUGUUGUCCCAUAAUCUUGGUAUGUUAAAAUAAAUGGGAUGCAUUGCAUCAGAUGAGGAAUGAUACAUGAUUGAUGAUGGUAACUUUACAUUUUGAAAACUCUGCAUACUCUGGUAUUUUUGCCUUCCACUUGUUUCUGGCCUAUAUAUGUAUAUAUAAAAAGCUAAUUUUAUUGGAAUGUUUAAAGUUUCUGUAUUUGAGUUGAAUGCAUUGAUGUCAUCUCUGAGCAAUGUGGAGAAGCUCAGAAAAUCUAAUAGUUUUUACUGUGUAAACACUACAUGAUAGCCCGUUGCAUUUGAGAAAGUGUAACGUAAUGGAAAGGAUGUUUUUCCCCGCUUCAUUUCCUGUGUGUUCUUCAUGUUACUGGUUCAGCUGAAUUUCAUUCUUUGAAAAUCUAACAUAGCUAUGUGUGCACUUGGAUUUUUUUUCAAGUCAAUGAAUAAAGUAUUUGUUUUAAUCCCAUUAAAAACA